AUGAAAUCAUUUGGCGAGACGUUGACUAGGAAUCAACUCGCUGCGUUGGCGGAGGAAGUCCCUGAUAAGCUGCCAUCAAACGCCCAUACGGUUUGCUAUAUCAUCAAAGCAGGCCAGGAAUUCGAGCUCGCCUACGAUAGCAUCGAGAAGCUCAAGAGAAUGGAGACCGCAGAGCUACCGGACCAUGUAGCGCUCUACAACGAGUUUCCAAAGCAACAUCUGCAGCAAUUCCUACCGAACUUCGAACUUUGGACGACUGAUGGAGAGACAACUUGUAUGAACAGGAAGGCUCGUUGA